AUGUCAACAACAAUCGACCACCCAACCACCACCCAAGCCUCCUCCAAAAUCACCACCGCAAAACGCUCCCUCGAAUUCCUCUACGACCCCUCCUCCGCAAACGCACCCACUCGCCGCCGCACCCGCACUCUCCUCCUCACCCUCCGCUACGUAACAAAGUUCCUCUUCUGGCGCCUCGUAAGAUAUGCAAAGUACGCCGCCGUAGGAGCAAUUACAGCAGCGAUUGCAGGAACAGCGAUAGGCAGUGUAGCUUCUGGUGCUGCGUUUGUGAUUGCGCCGACUGGAGUGCUAGGAGGUGCUGGGGUGGGGUUGCUCUGGGGGUUGGGCAAGUUUGGGUGGAGGAGGAUGGCCAGGAGGGUUAGGAGUGGGGAGGUUGGGGAGGGGGAUGCGAGGGCUGAUGAGAGGGAUGGGGAGGAGAGGGCUGAGAGUAUCAAGCCGCCGAAGAUGGAGGAGCCUUGGUGA